GCCCCUCGCCUGGCUCCGCUCUCCCGGGAGCUGCGGCUUUGAGCGUCCCGGGUUGGGCGGGGAACUGGUAGCAUCGCUCCUAGGAUGCAAGGGCCAUUUCUCUCCGGCCGGGGGUCAGAUCCUCGGGAAGCUGAGCCAUCCCAUCCAGCCGCUUGCCCCAAACCGGGCGCAGGCCGUGGUCACUUCUCUAGGAAGCUCCGAAGAUCCCGCCACGCCGUCCCUCAAAGGUGCGGAAAGCCGGCUUCCCCCAGCCCUCGGGGAAGAUUCCUGACUCUCCGCUUGGUCGGGGCAUCUGAGGGCAGGAGCUGCGCCAGGCGUAGCGGAUAGACCAGUGGACAACACCCACGCCGGACCUCCUGUCCCCUACCCGGACCUAGACUCGGCGCCACACAUUGCCCCGGGGGGGCCAGGCGCAGUCACGCGCGCGCAGAGCUCACGCUCUCCGCCCCGCACACCUGCGCUCCGCCUCCUGGUCCUGGGCCCGCGACGGGCGAAGGCAUUUGGGAAGCCAGGGCGGCUGCGGAGGCGAUCUCCCUGACCCAGGGCCGGAGUUGCCCAGAGCCUGCCGCCGCUCUCAGUCAGCCCGCAUCCUUCUCUGUCCUUCCCUCCCCCCGCCUGCCACGGCGCGGGUAUCCGCAGCCACAGCCCGGGGCCGGUGAGGCGGCGAAGGGGGAGGGGAGGAAUCAAGGGAUGAGCGCCGGAAGGGCGUCGGGGGCCCCGAGCCGCACUAGGACGCCCCUGGAGCCGGAACCUGAGCAGAAGCCGGAACCAGAACCAAAUCACCGGUACCGGCUGCAGCCUCCUAAACCCAGGAGGCGCCCUGGCCCGCGCUCGCCCCCCAGGGCCUCAUGUCGGAACCACAGCCUGACCUGGAACCGCCCCAACAUGGGCUGUAUAUGCUCUUCCUGCUUGUGCUGGUCUUCUUCCUCAUGGGCCUGGUAGGUUUCAUGAUCUGCCACGUGCUCAAGAAGAAGGGCUACCGCUGCCGCACGUCGAGGGGCUCCGAGCCUGACGAUGCCCAGCUUCAGCCCCCUGAGGACGAUGACAUGAAUGAGGACACAGUAGAGAGGAUUGUUCGCUGCAUCAUCCAAAAUGAAGCCAAUGCUGAGGCCUUGAAGGAGAUGCUGGGGGACAGUGAAGGAGAAGGGACAGUGCAGCUGUCCAGUGUGGAUGCCACCUCCAGCCUGCAGGAUGGAGCCCCCUCCCAUCAUCACACAGUGCACCUGGGCUCUGCAGCCCCUUGCAUCCAUUGCAGCCGCAGCAAGAGGCCUCCACUUGUCCGUCAGGGACGCUCCAAGGAAGGAAAAAGCCGCCCCCGGACAGGGGAGACCACUGUGUUCUCUGUGGGCAGGUUCCGGGUGACACACAUUGAGAAGCGCUAUGGACUGCAUGAACACCGUGAUGGCUCCCCCACGGACAGGAGCUGGGGCUCUGGUGGGGGACAGGACCCAGGGGGUGGUCAGGGGUCUGGGGGAGGGCAGCCCAAGGCAGGGAUGCCUGCCAUGGAGAGGCUGCCCCCUGAGAGGCCACAGCCCCAGGUCCUAGCCAGCCCCCCAGUACAGAAUGGAGGACUCAGGGACAGCAGCCUAGCCCCUUGUGCACUUGAAGGGAACCCCAGAGCUUCUGCAGAGCCAACACUGAGGGACAGAGGGAGGGGCCCAAGCCCAGGGCUGCCCACUCAAGAGGCAAAUGGGCAGCAAAGCAAACCGGACACUUCCGAUCACCAGGUGUCUCUACCACGGGGAGCAGGGGGUAUGUGAGUCUCCUUCUUCAUUGUGCUGAUGGACUACCAGCUGGCAGGGCCAGGGUGUGGGUGGGCGUGAAGGCCCUCCCCUCCACUGGACAGCACUGCCCCCCAGCUGAGGGACCAGCUCAACUUCUACCUGGAGUUACACGGUCUCAGGCUGGGGGCCUCAGGAGAGGUCAUGGCCCCUCAGUCUCUUCUCCUUCCCCUGCCUGCAACAGGCUGCCUGACCCGCCUUCCCCAACACCUCGCUCCAUAUAAUAGAGCGUGGCAGCUGGGAGCAGGCCCCUGCCCCUGGUGGGCCCCUAAAGCAAUAGCACCAUAGGCCCCCUGCCCUCUUAGCACAAGAGGCCCAGGCCCUGGCCUGGCCUUCGUGCCCUUUAUUCAUUGUCAAUAAAUCCGCUCAGACCAUUACAGCUGCUUCGCAUCCUGGCUCCAGCGCCUUCUGAUCCCCAAGGCCUGUUCCUCUCCCCGGCCUAACCCCAGUGACCCUGGCAUCCAGAGUGGGGUGGGUCACGGAGCCAGGGUGGGGAAAGAGGUGGGCCAGAACCACUAGAGACUUUGAUGGAUGGUUUCCAGCCCCAGAGAUUUCAGGCAUUUCACCACCCUAGAUAGGGUGAUGGCAGAAGAGAAAGGAGUAGUUCCAGUCCUAGAGAUGAUAGGACAAUGGGAAAAAAAGGAGUGGGCUCCAGUCCCAGAAAUGGGAAGGGGCAAGUUUCUACCCUUGGAGGUAAGGGUGGAAAUAGGGAGAUUCCAGGUUUUGGCUGUGUUGCUCUGGAUCAUUGAGGGUGUGGUCUGACAGCUUGAAGAUAGGGACAGCAGCAUCACCGGGGGUCAAGGAUUCCCUGGCCUUCAGGUGAGGGGAUCUGGGUGGCCAGGAUCCGGGGCUUUAGCCGGCGGGGGAGGUGGUGGACGCAUCUGUAGGGAACACACAGUUAGUGCUCCAGAGUCCUCCCUUAAGGGUAUACCAGACAAAACAGGACUGAUUGGAACCCCUCUACAUACAAUCUCCUCCAAGGCAAGGGCCCUUACCGGCCUGAGUCGAGGUACCAUCAUGUCCAGGAGCCCAGGGAAGUCCAGGGCUUUGUCUGGAAAUAAGAACCACAAGUCAGUCUUCAGACUUUGUUUUGUUCAAUGCUGUAUCUCCAGCACUUAGGAAAGUGGCAUUCUAUAAAUAUUUGCUAAAUUAAUGGUCACCAUCCUAGACCAUAAAAUCCAUCACUCUAUCCACUGUCCUCAACAUUUAUUGGGUAACUGCUGUAUAAUCAGCUCUGCUCAAGGUAUAAAACAAAGGCAGAUAGGAUACAUAGCGCUCCUACCCCCAGUGGCUGUCAAGAAACCAAUAAUGAAACCUCAAUAAACACAAUAAAUGAC